GCAGUGCCACCUCACCUGCCUCAGCUGCUCGUCACCGGAACCUGCUGUGAGGAUAAGAAUAAUACAAAGACGGGGUUGAUUGUAGACGAAAGUUCACAACAAUGGCGGACGAGCUUUCGAAGGAAGAGGAGGCUACGGACUGGUAUGUCGUCCUCGGUCUCGAUGUGGGCGCCAGCGACAAGGACGUCAACAAGGCCUUCAAGAAGAUGUCUCUGGUGUGGCACCCCGAUAAGAACGGAGGCAGCGAGGAGGCGCACGCGAAGUUCAUGAAGAUCAAGGAAGCCAAGAUUUUCCUUCUCGAUGGGAAGAAGAGAGGUCUGUACGACCAGAAGAGGGCGGCUCGCCGUAAAACCGAGGCAUUGUUGGCGGAACGAAAUCGUACCAUGGGGAAAAGGCAGCGGGAGCUCCGCGUGGAGCUAGAGAGACGAGAAAAGGAGGCCGCCAGCGGGUCUUCAUUUUCGUCGCCGUCGAGCCGUGCCGGAGGCUUGGGAGCGGGAGGCGCGGCGAGGGUGGCCGCCGCAAGGCUCGACGAGCUCAGGAAGAAGGGCGAGGCCGAGCGCCAGAGGCAAAGCGCGGAUUGGAGCGUCAAGAGCGCGAAGGUCAAAAGCGCCAGCGCCAGGAAGCGCAGCGCGCCCUCCUCGGGCCUUUCCGGCGCGAACGGCGGCGGCGGAGUUUUCGAUGACGAUGGCCUAGAGGAGCGGACCUUGCGGGUGAAGUGGAAGAACAAGAAGGAGUCCCACUCGGACUACACCCUGGACGUGCUAUUCAGCAAGUUCGGCGUGGUGCAGUCGGUGUCGAUCGAGGAGGGUACGGGGAACAGGGCGAUGGUCGUGUUCGCGUCCGCCGUGUCUGCCGACGCCGCCAUGGCCGCUUACGGCAGUCGAGAAGGCGGCAGCGAAACCAUGCGGACGAGCUACGUCGGCAAACGGCGGGCGAAGCGGAGCGCCUUCGCCCCUCGCCGUCACACCAUGUCCCCGAGAAUACCAACAGGCGAUGGGCAGGCGGAAGGCUUAAGCUCGUUCCGGGACCACGAGUCUAUCACGAUGAUGCAUCUGCGCAAGGAAGCGGAGCGUCAAGCGCUUAUCAGGAAGAUGGCAGAGGAGGAGGGUCUGGCUGUGGGCGAUGGACAGAAGGAUGCUGCUGCGGGAAACGGGGCUGCAACGUCUACAAUGGAAGUAACGAGCGGGGGAGAGGGGGAACAUCAGAGUGAAGUUUCGCCUAGUGACAGCGGCGUGGGUAGUAAAACGGCUGGGAACGUAGCUUCUCCAAAGGCAAGCCAGAGGGGCGAAGCACAUGCGGUCGGCUCAGCCGGAGACGAAGCGAGUCUUGGGAUUGGUGGGAUUGGAGCGAGCGGAAGUGAAGCCGCAGGGGGUAGUGUGAGGGCAGGAAACACGCCAGCUUUUCCCGUCUCGCCCUCGAUGUCGGCCCGUAAGAUGCCUGCCACAAGCGAUUUCAAGGCGAGAAGGAAAAGUGACGCCCUCCUCUCAGCAAUGGGUGGCGGCAGUGGUGUGCGUCCUUCCCCCGUUCCUGCUGGGAUUGGUGCGUUUGUAAUCGGGAGUAAGAGUGUGCCCACCACCCCGGUCUCGAGAAGAAGCAUGGCGGGGACACCCAUAGACGAGAGUGAUAUUUUGGCGCGGAUGAUGACGAUGAAGCGUUGAUUAACUUCUUGUCUGUUGUGCGCAAAGUGUGCGCGGGUAGGUUUUGUGAGCGUGAGGUACAUUCUUGUCGUGGGGUUGUUUUUUUUGCUUGUUUUUC